AUGCCGCCCAUCAGACAGCGCGACUUCGUCAUGCCCGCCGCAGCGUUUACCAUGGCCAUCGUACUCGGCUUCUACGCCAAGUCCUCCAUCAAUUACGCGCGCGAGAACGCCUCGAAUGAGCGUGGAAAGAGCUACGAGCGCGUCUUGUCGGAACGGCGCGCACUGGGGAUGGAUGGGGAUCUGUUGGAGGAUCGAAUGAGGCGGAAGGCCGAGAAGGCAGAGAAGGAGGCGGCGGACCGACAUGAUCGACAGGUCGCGGGGCUGGGCGGUGGGGCGGAUCACCGGAGAUACUGGGGAGCUUGGGAGCCGAGCGGGAGGGAUCUGGCGGAUGCACUUGUGAUCGUCUCGUCCGAUGGUCCGUCAUUGACCAGUGAACAAUCGCAGCGGAUGAUCGUCUUCAUCCAAUUCCUCGCCUCUCGGCCCCACAUCCCUGGAGAGUGGUCGGCGACUCGCCCCAUCUGCCCGUUCUGCUGCGCGGCUGGACGAUACGAGGACACUAUCCGCUGUACCCAUGUCAUGGCUUCGACCAAGUGUGGAUGGCUCUGCGCUGACAGAGUGCUGUGCGAGGCUUUACGUCCGUUAGUGAUGCUCAAUACUAUCGACAAGAAGUGCCGUGCGCGUUAG